AUGGCAAAAAUGAAUAUCCUUUGCAAUAGACAACGAGGUUAUGCAAAUUUCCGUCGAUAUUUGUUUUCCCAAACGGUCGAGCUAAAUUAUUUAAUCGCCGAUGACCAAAGUGAUAGGUCAUCACGCCAGUGGUACUACUUUUUAUCCUUUUCCGUACUCAUUAUAACCGAGAUACGAUUGAUCCUUUUAUUGUUUCUAGAUGAAGUUUCCAAUUUAUCUUAUUAUCUUGGCGAUAUCACGCUGGUCGCUGGGGCUUUUAGGAAACAAUUGUUAUUCAUUUACAUUAGCUGGAUAUCAGCGACAUUUACUUGUAGCGUCGUUUUGUUCACGUCACAAUUUAACCCGCGAUUACAAAAAUGGGCUGUUAUUGGUGUUAUUUUCGACCAUUUGACCACUACCAGUGUUCAUCCUGUUUCUGAUUUACCAAGUUAUCUCCAUAGAUAUUUUAUCGUAGCGAGUAAGGUCACUUUUUACACUGCCGCUGUUGGUGGAUUUCUAAUCGGAUUACCUUCAUACUUCAAUUUCCCUUCAGAAUAUACUUACUACCUUCACUUUUGGACAAUAGUGACCAUGUAUGCUGGUGUACUCGUUAUUGGACAUUCGGGUAACUUUGGUCCACUUUUCGCUUUUAAAGUUUAUCUUUUCGGUCAUCAGAUAACUAACGAAAAAAAGUUUCUAACAAGACAAUUGAAAACUUUAUCGAUUUCAGAUUCUCGUAAUGCUGAAAAAUUGAAACGAUGUGAACAACAAACAAGGAGAAUCGUCGCUCAAUCAUGCAGAUCGGCUACCAGAAUAUUGAGACUUCUGAUUGACGGCUAUCAGUUUUGGUCUCGAAUAAAUCAUCCUCUUUUCAUGGCCACUUUUAACGCUCAAUCGAUUAUACUUUAUUUAGUUUUUUUUAUUGAUAUUCCUCGAUUCUUGCGAAUCGCUCUAAUUAUCUUAGGAAUCCUCAGCUGGCUCAGUGGACUAUCUUGCCACUUCAUAGCGGGAGCCUAUGGACAAAGAAAAGUUGUCCUAGAAAACACAUCAAAUCUUUUGCUUUUAAUUGCGACCUUAGGUAGAUGAACAAUUGGAACCAAGGAAUUUAUUUAUUAAUAGUACAAUUAAAUUCGCAAUCUUUUCAUAGAUUGAUUAGAUUUUCUCAUUAAACUAUCAAACUAAUUGUAAAUCUAAAUCUAAAUUGUCCAAAGUGAUCACAUUAAAGUAAUUCAUUUAAUUAUUCAACGGUAUUAAAUUGUCCACCAUCAAGCUAAUCAAAUUGGUCUUUUUCUGCUCUAUUAACAUUUGUGAAAAAUUAUCUCAUAAUCGACAAAGAUAAACAAUUAGAUUAUGACAAUUAAGAUCCAUUAACAAUUAAUCUGUCAUUAAUUUGUCUCUCUCUCUCUCUGAUUAAA